UGAGGUUCGACGACUUUUCAUUUUAUUCGUGGCCAAUUCUUUGCCGGUGCGGGUGUAUAGUGAAUCAAAAUGAAGCCUGUAGUAUUAGCGUUUGUCAGUUUUCUGGCAAUUUAUUCGGUAAAUUGUGAGGUGUAUUAUGAAGAAACGUUCCCCGAUGACAAGUGGGAAUCAGAAUGGAUAUAUAGUGAGCACCCUGGAAAGGAAUUCGGCAAGUUUAAGUUAACUGCUGGAAAGUUCUACAAUGACGCGGAGGCCGACAAAGGUCUGCAAACGUCAGAAGAUGCCCGUUUCUACGCUUUGUCCAAGAAGUUCAAGCCCUUCUCCAACAAGGACAAGCCGCUUGUGGUUCAGUUCUCCGUAAAACACGAGCAAGACAUUGACUGCGGAGGCGGUUACCUGAAGGUGUUCGACUGCAAGCUGGACCAGAAGGACAUGCAUGGCGAGAGCCCCUACGAGAUUAUGUUUGGCCCUGACAUCUGCGGGCCCGGCACCAAGAAGGUGCACGUGAUCUUCAGCUACAAAGGUAAGAACCACCUGAUCAAGAAGGACAUCCGCUGCAAGGACGACGUGUACACCCACCUGUACACGCUGGUCGUGAAGCCGGACAACACGUACGAGGUCCUCAUCGACAAUGAGAAGGUCGAGUCUGGGGCUUUGGAGGCUGACUGGGACUUCCUGCCGCCCAAGAAGAUCAAGGAUCCCGAAGCCAAGAAGCCCGAGGACUGGGACGACCGCGCCACCAUCCCCGACCCCGAGGACAAGAAACCCGAAGACUGGGAGAAGCCCGAGCACAUCCCCGACCCGGACGCGGCCAAGCCAGACGACUGGGACGACGAAAUGGACGGCGAAUGGGAACCCCCCAUGAUCGACAACCCUGAGUACAAGGGCGUCUGGGCACCUAAGCAGAUCGACAACCCCGCCUACAAGGGACCCUGGAUCCACCCAGAGAUCGACAACCCCGAGUACACUCCCGACGCCAACCUGUACAAGCGCGACGAACUCUGCACCGUCGGCCUCGACCUCUGGCAAGUCAAGAGCGGCACCAUCUUCGACAACAUUCUGUUCACGGAUGACGUCGAACUGGCCAAGGAGCGCGGGGAGGCGAUCAAGAAAACGCAAGAGGGAGAGAAGAAGAUGAAGACUGAGCAGGACGAGGCGGAGAGAGAGAAAGAGAAGGCUGAGAGGCCUGAUGAUGAGGACGAUGAGGACCUGGAUGAUGAGGCCGGUGAAGCGGCGCCUGUGGAGGAGCACGAUGAGUUGUAAGCGUAGUGAAUAGUGUAAAGACAUUAGUACCGUCGGGUACACGAGUGAAACG